CCCCCCUUAACCCCAACGUCCCUUCGUGUUUCCUACAAUUUGUGCACCGAAAGCACACACACACACACACACAAAAAGGCGCCUGCAGAAAAUGCACUUUGUGCGUCCCGGGGAAGCGGAGACGGGCUGCUGGGAUCUCUUUUGCAACCGGUGGUGAAGAAAGAAAGCGCGUUUCGGUUGUUUUUGCAAGGAUUAGAGGGGAGGGAAAAAAAUGAUUUGGGACAAGAAUCUACAAGAACCAAUAUAAACCAUCCUAGCUACGCUUGGAGCUAGUCUUUCGCUUUGUCCAGAUCGUUGUCGCUGCUCGCCCUUUUUUUCUCUUGGGUACUGAAGACUGCAAGGUUUCCAGCGGAGCUGCCUUUGAGGAUCAUGCCAUAAUGAAGAACGAUUCACCCGUGAUGAUGUCUGCCAUCGCUAGGGCAAGGGGCCUAUUAAGAAGCAGCGAGCCCAGCUUUCUCUGUCCAGCGGCACCCCAAGCAGUUUCCUUAUUAGAGGAAGCGGCUGAACUCCUGGUUUUGGACAGGGACUUUGCUGCAGCGGUAGACAGGUGCGAGAAAGGCUGCCAGAGCCUUUUGGAAAAUGAUGGCGAUUCUGACGGAUCCAGCUCUGAAGAUCUGAAGUGCUCCUUAUGUAUUGUUGGCAUCCAAGCUUUGUCAGAAAUGGAUCGAUGGAGAGAGGUCCUCCCGUGGAUUCUUCAGUACUACCCCAAACCUGAAGGUUGGCCCCCCAAAAUUCUGGAGCUCUGCAUCCUCCUCCAUAGCAAAGUGGAAGAACCUCGCGUGAUGUUAGAUGUUGGUGGGGACUGGAUAAACUGCCCAUCCAAUCAGAACUUGUCAAAUUAUGGAAUGUUGGCUCAGCUUUAUCUUUUCCAUGUGCUCUUGCCGCUCGGACACUUUUCAGAGGCAGAGGAGCUGAUCCAAGAUUGCAAAGCUUUGAGCCAGGAGCAGCGAGAAGACCUGCAUGAAACCCUUCAAGAGAAGAAGCAUCAGUGGCUACAGAAAGAAGAAGCAUCUCCAAUUCCCGAGGAGCACCCAGAGAUGUCAUGGAAGCUGCAGUUGGGUUCAGUGUCUCAAAGGAUGUUGACCAUCUUGGUCCAGCUGAGAAGAGUGCUGGAGUCUUUGGCAAGCCAUUUCAUCUCCAUCCCCUUCAAAAAGACACUUUUGGUGGCCCUCCUGUUGUGUCUCAUUGUAGUGAGACUUGACCCAGCAUCCCCUACUUCUCUACCUUUUCUCUACAGGCUGACCCAACUUUUCCAUCAAGCUCGUUUGGCUUUAUUUCCUCCAAGCAGAAGUCCUCCUGUUCAAGACUAGCUUGCUCUGUUGUCAUCUCUGGAUAUCAUGAAACACUCCCAAGCCAACACUGCAGGUUUGGGGGCAAUGUUGAGCAUAAAGCUACAGGAGUUUCCUCCAAGACCAAGAAUGUCUUCUGACAGUAGAUAUGGCUGAAUGAAACAGAAGAGUCCAUAUGAAGAGGUGUCUAAUGCUUUUUGUCCUCAUUCCUGUUUAGAAGCAUGUUCAUUUUAAGUGAAUGACACUUACUUCCAAGUAAACAUUGAGAUCAAAGUGUGGCAGACUAUUUCAGGUGUUUUUUAAAUCUUCACAUUGGCAAGGAGACAUUAAACAUUUUUUUUCUAUCUGGGAAAGACUGUGCCUGCCUUUCCACUCCUGGUAUACAUUUGUCACACAGAGUUCUUCUUUCCUCUUUUACCUGGCUGUGAGGCCCUGCAAACCAAGAAAGACACCUGUUGAUUCUUCCAAAGAUUUCUUUAUUGUUUCACACCUGUAGACGACAUCUUGCCAGACUAAAGCAUUCUACUAUCUA